GCUUUUUUUUGUGUGCUGAAGGGACACAUGUUGCUCCACGCCUACAAGUUGUCACUCAUAGUUAUGGCUCCUAAACCUCAGCGCAUUCGUCACUUGGCAGAAGCAACUUGGCAAAGCGCGAUGAAGAAAGCAAGGACAAUGAGUACUGAAACUGAGACCGAGUCAUCAUCAAUGAAAGACGCCUUCUCCAAAUAUGCUGAUUACCUCAAUAACCUUAAUGAUAAACGAGAAAGGGUGGUGAAAGCAAGUCGUGAUAUUACUAUGAAUAGCAAGAAGGUUAUUUUUCAAGUGCACAGAAUAAGCAAGCACAACAAAGAGGAAGUUCUGGAUAAAGCAGUUAAAGAUCUGGCAGCUGUGACUGAUCAAUAUGUGUCCCGGCUAGUAAAGGAACUCCAAGGGACUGAUUUCUGGAAGUUAAGACGAGCAUAUUCUCCUGGGGUUCAAGAAUAUGUUGAAGCUGCAACACUUUGUAAUUUCUGCAAGACAGGGACACUAUUAACUCUUGAUGAGAUUAAUGCAGCCUUUCUCCCAUUAAGUGAUCCUUCUGUUGAACCCUUGCAGAUUAACAUCUUAGACUAUAUCUUAGGGCUUGCGGACUUGACAGGAGAAUUGAUGAGGUUGGCAAUUGGUCGAAUAUCAGAAGGGGAACUUGAUUUUGCUGAGAAGAUCUGCAGUUUUGUGCGUGAAAUUUACAGGAAGCUUACUCUUAUUGCCCCGGAAAUGGAUGAUCCUUCAGAUAUGAAACAAAAAAUGGAAACUAUGCUCCAGAGUGUUAUGAAGAUAGAAAAUGAAAGAGAAGUGUUUGUUUGCUGUAGAAGUUCAUCUAGCUCUCCACCUGGAUAUGCAAAUGGUGUAGAGAACUGCAUCAAACUGGUGAGGAAAGGAAUUUUGGAAGGACGCAUUUUCCACAUACUUUCCGAAGGUACCUGGUGGGAAUUAUAUGCAACUUUGUAGGGGAAAUUGCAUAGCUUUUACUUACUCUAGUCCACCUACUGACCUAAUGGACCUUGAAAUCUGGUUAUUACAAUCUCAAAGAUUUUCCUCUCUUCAUCUUGUCUUGAAUAUAUGGCAUUCCCUUCCUUUUUCCUUUUUGUAUUUUACCCCUUUUGGAUCUGGGAAUCAUUGAAUGAUACUUCAAUGGUGUUGACAUCUUUAAUCUAAUGCAUAUUUCUUUUUUGGUGCC